AUGUGGAGGAGUGGAGUUCGUCUUCAUCAUUGUCAGCUCUGCCAGUUUUAUUGUUCUCUUUUAUUGCAUCUAUUCUUCAUUCCAAGGAGUCUCAACACUCUCCGAUUAGGCAAACCGCAUCGGACAAUAUGA